CCCUGACCGCCAGUGAGCGCAGCUGCUCCGCUUUCAGCCGCGGGUGCGGGAGAACGGCAGCCCCCGCUGGGAAGGACGGCCCGCGCCCCUCGCCGGCGCCUCCGCGGAGCAGAAGCUUACUUGCAAGUUUUUUUCUGUGAGACUGAGAAAUUAAGUAGCACUUACUGAAACCAAAAAGUAAAAAUGUCUGUGACCUUGCACACUGAUGUAGGUGAUAUUAAGAUAGAAGUCUUCUGCGAGCGGACGCCAAAGGCAUGUGAGAACUUCUUGGCUCUCUGUGCGAGCAGUUACUACAGCGGCUGCGUGUUCCACAGGAACAUCAAGGGCUUCAUGGUGCAGACGGGAGACCCGACAGGCACCGGAAGAGGCGGCAGCAGCAUCUGGGGCAGGAAGUUUGAGGAUGAGUACAGCGAGCACCUUAAGCACAGUGUCAGAGGCGUCGUCUCCAUGGCCAACAAUGGCCCAAACACCAACGGCUCUCAGUUCUUCAUCACCUAUGGCAAACAGCCCCACUUGGAUAUGAAGUACACCGUGUUUGGAAAGGUAAUAGAUGGUUUAGAGACGCUAGAUGAACUGGAGAAGCUCCCAGUAAAUGAGAAGACGUAUCGGCCUCUCAAUGAUGUGCACAUUAAGGACAUAACUAUUCACGCCAACCCAUUUGCUCAGUAGACAAGUCACUGGGCGGAGGCUCUGCAGAGCAGCUUCGUCAAGCGCAGUCGGGGCAGCGCUGAGGAGCCUAGCAGCCUUUACCCUUGAGUUGUACAGCAUGUCCUCUACUAAAAUCCAGUGGACCCUUUCUUGUGAGGGGGUAGAGACAAGGUCUCACUGCAGUCCAGGCUGGCCUCAAACUCGUGAUGAUCCUCUUGCCUCAGCCUCCCAAGUGCCGGGAUUGCAGGCGGGUGCCACCUUGUCCCUGUUUCUUUAACUUUAAUAUUAAAGAUACU